UUAUAACGCUGAGCGCGAGCCGCGAAGCGACCAGUGCCCCCUACACGGACGGAGCGCAGCGCGGCGAGACUCCUUAGCACUUCAGAAUGUCAUUGGCUGGAAGGAAGUUCCUGGUGCUACUGACAGUCACAAUCGCCGCACGCGGUCAGACUCCGCGCGCGUUCGCCGUAGAGACGCACAACCUUCUGGGGUCCCUACCAGCGCUGGUGGGACAAGAUGGCCUCGGGGAAGGAGGGCAGGCGGAUGCAGGCCUGGACCUGGACCUGGACCGCAGAGAGACUGAGCGCCAGGCGUUGGCCGACCUCCUGCUGCGCCUUCCUGAGCCGUCGGUGCAGCGCAAACGACGACGACGUCACGAGGACGAGCAGCGGAGCGCCGGCUCUGCCCCUGGGGUCUCGAGAGACGCGGGACCCUACGCCGAGGAUUCGCGCCUCGAGGACAGUUCUGCGGGCCGCGGAGUGAUGAUGCCGUCAAGGCUGUUCGGGCGGAGGGGAAAGGAGGAGAACGAGAGCCCCGCCUUCGGUGAAAGGGGCUUCAAGAGGGCCACAGUCGGUGCAGCCGGGCGCAGGGCCUUCGGCACUUGGGGAGGAAAGCGGGCCGCAGAAUUCCACAGUUGGGGUGGAAAGACGAGCAGCGAGGAGCAGUCAGCCCUCGCCGUCGUGAGCAGCAAAAGACGACGUCCUGCCUUCAACCACUGGGGAGGAAAGAGAGACUCGGCUUCUAACGCUUUGGCCGACAAGAGAGAUAUUUUCGGGUUGAGCGUCAGCGAUGAACCGUCGCUUCGUACGUGGGGCAGUAACUCUGCACCGCCUUUCAGUGAACCGAGCCCCCAAAAAGACGCAGUCCUCCGCAGUUUGUGCAACGAGCAUCCAGCAUUCAGUAUUUUAAGUAGUAAUUACGAACCAAAGCCUGCGCUCAUCGCCUUGGGCUGCAAGAGAGCCUUUGCUAGCUGGGGCGGGAAGAGAGAAGCCAGGGGCCCUCCGCCGUCUGCCUGGGGAUCGAAGGGGAGCUCUGACGGCGACGCGCGCGACACCAGAAGUUUCUUGAGCUGGGGGGGAAAGCGGAAUUUCAUCGCGGGUGGAAUGAAGGAGGGAGCAGAGGAGUUGGGCAAGAGGAGGUUUUCAAGCUGGGGGGGUAAAAGGGGCACGAUGCGUACUGGGGAAAUCGGACCAGGAGACGAGGGAGAACAAUCCUCGGCAAGAAUUUCAUCACCAGAAGGAUAUCGACAGCUUCUUGAAGGGUUUGGCAGAAAAAUGGGACUACCGCAUGAAUACAAUGAAAUCGCGGAGGACCCUGAGGAGAUCGAAGCAGGAGAGAACACUCAGAGGUCAGAGCCACAUGAGGAAUUUCAACAGCAGCUGGGCGGACAGAGUGCAAUCACGAAGCGCUCAGAGGCAAAGGCCAGAGUAGGCAAAUCGCUGUUCCGUCCCUGGGGUGGCAAGCGCGACCACGUGCUGCCCCCACCCCCGUUCUCGCCCCCCGCAUUGGGCGGCUUUCGACUGCUUUCGGACUUGUUCAAGGAAGAAGGGCACGCGCGAAGCAAGACGCCGGGUUCGAGGGAGUGGGGGCCGUCGCCAGCUGGCGAGGUGAAAGAUCGGAUAUAAUUGCACGGCCUCAGGGUAAUGGAAGGAAGUUUCGAAGAAGAGCUGAUUUUCAUUCCUGGGACGGAAAGUAAGAGCUGGACAGCUGAUACCAAUCUACCUAAGACGGCUAAGUAUUCCUUUACGUGAGAUGUAUCUCGUGGCACCGUUGAUCUUUUAUCUUUCCUUACAACAUCGUGCUGUAGAGAACAAACCAUAAAAGUAAUAAACCAUUAUCCAGACUUUGUUUCAUAAAAUGCAAUGGACCCAAUUUCCCCUUAUUUUACAAAAAAAAAACAAAUUCACAGUAAAUAUAUAACCUGAUAAUGCAAACUGUACAUAAGCAUUGUGAGUACAUGGAAGCAAGCUUUCAAUUAUAACCUAAUGGCAACUUGCCAAUACGAUGUGUGAUAUUCAUUAGCGUGUUUUUCGCUAAUUUAUAAUAAAGGAUAUUGCCUACGUG